UCCCAAUGCAGGCAGCAACAUUGGCAGAAAUGAGCAGUGAUCAGCAUCAGCAGCGAGACCAAAGCGCAAACACCGGAACCACCGGCAGAGCGUCUAGUUCGGUCGCGCCCCAAACCGCGCAGUUUUCCGCUAAACCGAGCGAUAGUGACAGUGAAAAAGUGACCUUGUAUCUUAGCGCCCAGAAGGCCAGCGAAUAUCACAGCAAAAUGGCUAACAGAGCACAGUCGGAAGGUAGUUCGACGGUCGUUUCCAUUCGAAAAAGUCCCAACCUAAUUAAGUGCGACAGUGAUAAGGAAGUGAAUUCGCUCAAAAGAAAGAAGAUGCCUUUACUGAGCCAUCAUUCAGAUAAUAAUCAAUCGCGAGUGCUAAAACAAUCAGAUGCGGAAAACAUUCCCCCGCCUGCGGCAACGGUUAUCAGUGUGGCCGGAUUUUCCGGUAGCAAACGAAUAAAAAUUGAUCCGCAGGUUGAUGGUAAAAUUGUGGCUAGUAAGCCACCGAUUCCCCCGAAGGCGGAUGCUGGGGCACGGUUAACGCAGCAACAGUCAGGUGGAGGAAAGUCAAAGAAACAAGCGGUUUGUGACACACAGAAUGCGUUAACCGUGCAAAAGCUGCUCGCCCAGAACGAACAGAUGCGGCUGGAAAUCAAUGAAUUGCGCGUUAGUUUGGCCACCGAACGAGGUGCUGUCAGAGUGCUAAGAGCACAAAAUGAAACAGAUUUGCGGCGCUCUAAAAACGAGUGCAAAAAACUGCAAGAAGCGUUAACACACCAGAAACGUAGUUCUGCUGCAAGCGCAUCGGCAAAUAAGCGUGCAAAUCGAUCGACCAGCAGCGGCGGCAGCUCGGAAGAUCAGCACAGUAAUAAUAAUGGUGGUCAAACUGCGCUGGUAAACCAGCUAAAUCUGGACAUUCUCAAACUCAACCAGGAGCUUUCCGCCAUGAGAGAAUCGAACAAGUUCUUGGAGGAUAAAAUUCAAAUUUCCUCGGAGGCUGGAAGGCGGAAAGCUUCGGACAUGCGAGUGCAAAGGGACCUGUAUGAACUACGGCUGACUCAACUGACCAAAUCUGCCAAAAGCGAAAUCCAACGACUGCUGGAGGAGCUAAAAUCCAAAGACCGUAGCACUGCCCUUCUGCGGAAGGAGCUGUUGGCACUGCAGAAGGCAGGAGGAACCAAGAAGGAGAAAAAGGCUGCUAAAAAUUCCGCUCAGCAAUCGCAAGAGAUGCGACAACUGCAUGAGUCCGAACCAUGUAGCGGAAACGUCAGCAAAAGUUCAAGCCAUAACAGCAUCCAAUCCGUCUGCGAAGAGCUGGAACGAAAGAACGAUGCUGAAGCUGACCCGGUAGCACCGUCACAUCAGUCCCGAUGUUCUCCUUCUUCGGAAUCGAGUCCCGCCGCUACCGCUGACAGCGGCAGCGGCCUUGGCAGUGGUGGACCACAACAAACAACGAAUGAUCACUAUGAAAGUGACAGUAGUAGCAGUUUAAGGUUAGCGUUAGGAACGACGACGUGUGGCGAUGACCGGAAUGGGUCUAUGCCACACGAAUCACGAACAAUGGAAGCUCACAACGAUGUACAUGCUUCUGUUAGACUAAUCCCUCGAAAGGAGGAACCCUUUGCUAUCACAACCGAACCGACAGUCAACAGUGAGCUGAAUGUAAUCGAAAGGACGACAAUGUCCACCACCGUUAGACAGCUGUCGACGGUUUCGGAUGCCGACUCGGCCAUAUCGUCGGCACCGCCAUCUCUAAGUCCACAAGCCACCGGUUGUCCAAACUCUCCGGAGGUGUGGCGUGCCCAUUCUCAUCCAAACCAGCAGCAAGCAGCCCAUCUGCAAUCGCUGCGGGACCAAAGUCAACUCAUCGAAAUCAAGAUGGAACUGGAUCGGAUGCAAGCCAAGUACGAUCUCCUUAGUGCGGACUAUGGUCGCGCCAAAACACAGAUCGACGAACUCGAACGGGAGUUGAUGGAGACGACGCAGGCAUCGCGGGAAAGAGCGAAGUUUGCCGAACGUGUUGAGUACCUGGAACAGCGCGAGGAGAGUUUGCUGCGCGAGAGCCACGAACUGCGCGAACAGAAUGAACUGCUCGAGUUUCGCAUUAUUGAGCUGGAGGAAAGUCACGAUAAGUGGUCACUUCGUAGCAAUUCCAGUCCAACAACGGUAGGCAGCAGCACCGGCAGCACCAACAUCGGUACCGGUCACACCGGCGGCAAGGAUCACGUAUGGACCGAUACGGACAAGGAACAGGACGAUUUGAUCAUGCACUCGGAACGGUCCGACUCAGGAGUGACGUCACCGAACAGCCAUCACCAUCUCGAUGACCAUCGAAUGAGCGGCGUUCCUUCGCCCUGCUGUGACCUAUCGCUGCUGGAUCAGAUACCGACGGAUGACGUCCGCAAGCGGAUCAUCACCAUGUCCAAGCGGGCAUGUUAUGACGAAGAGGACAAGACUUGCUUGUUGCAGAUUCUGUCGUUGCUGAAUAAUCUGGAAGCGUUAAGUCAAGAUCACGAGAUUGGUAGCGAAGAGAUGAGCCUCGAGGUGCCUGUGAAGUACAACUAUCCCUUUACGGACAGUCAACCACCGAAGUCGCUAGCGAUAAGUUCAACACCGUUCAAGAGCCAGCAGGGAAAAAUCGUAGCUACAGUUCAACCGUUCAAUAACACAAUGAGUAGCAGCUGCGGCAGCAGCAACGAACCAAAGAGCCUGUCGAUCGCAUCGAUUGCGGAGACUUUCGGCGGAAUGAAGAAGUCGGGAAGAUGGGGAUCGGCCAGCCUGCAGGAAAGUGGUGUGUUCGUAGACGAAAUGAUGGUUAGCAACGUGAGUACGCAGACCGUGCUGGAGGACUUCCCGUGCUUGGAGAGAACGAACGCAGAACUUUGUGCGGAGAUUGAAAAGUUGAACAAGUUCCGGAAGAAGAUCGAGGAGUGCUCGAUCAAACGCCGUGGAAAGAAUCCGGUGGGCGUCAGUUUAUCUCUACCGGCGGAAUCGUGCGAAAAAAGAAGACUGCAAUACUACGUUGAACGGUUGGAGCAGUUGGAAAAUAAAAUUAAGGUGUAUGAGAGCAGUGGAGACCAACAGCUGCGACACCUAGCGGAGAGGCUCCAGCGAGAAAUUCAGUUGGAGAGUUGGGUAAAUUUGCUAAGUGAGCAGGUAGGCAAACUGGAAGAAGACAAUGAGCGAUUGGAAGAAGAGAGAUGUGAAUUGGAGGAAAUUGAAAAUGAUACGAGGCUGAAGUUGCAGCGCAUGGAAAUGGAUUACGAAGUGAUGACUCAAAGAAACACGGAACUUGAAAUGUCCAAAAGUUCGUACCAGUCAAAGUAUCAAGAUGCUAGGGACAGUGUGGUGAGUUUGGAAGAGCUGGUUAACAAGUGUGAAGAGAGGAUUUUUAUCCUCGAGGAAACCGAAAACGAGCUGAAUGAUCGUAUCGAUCUGAUAUUAGCGUUUAUUCCGGUGCUGCUGAUGUUCAACAGUUGGCAAUUGCAGGAAACAAUGGCGGCUACUCGAAAGCAAUACGCUCUUAACUACAUACCGCCGGAGCAUAUCGAAUAUUAUGAAACGGCUAACGAUAAUUUGCAGAUGAGACUGAAUGAACUGAUGACGCGUGAGAAGGAACUCACGCAGAAUAUAGCCGAACUGAACAGAGCCUACAAUGAAACGUUGGAGAACGCAGACAACCUCUGGGCACAGAUGGAAAAAGAGUACAAAGACAAAAUCUCCAAGUGUGAGACAGUGGAGAGCAAUCUCAAAUCGAAGAUAGCCCAGCUGGAAGAACGUCUCAGCAAAGAUAGCGAAUAUGCUCACGAACGAAUAACCCAUCUAGAGGAAGCGGAAAAUACUCUCAAGAGUCGUGUCGCGAAAUUGAAUAAAGACAACAAGGAGUUAAUUGCAAAACACGCCGCCCUAUUGGAAGAGUACAGUACUCUAAAAGAGGAAUACCGUAAACUACAAGACUAUUUACGAGGACCCGCAUUGGAAAACCUGGAAAAAGAAAAACGCAAAAUCGUCGCCUUAGAGGAGGAGCUAGUACUAAGCACCAGGCUGCUGAAGGAAGUGGAAGAAACUCAUAAAUCAGAAGUCGGUCAAAUGCGAGGUCAAAUGAUGAGUGCAGCUAAAGAGCUAACGCAUAUCGAGGUAACAAACAGCGAACUUCGAGAAGAGGUGGAAACACUGGAAAAUCGUAUUCGCGAGCUGCUCACUCUGAGGAAUGCUGACGACGAAAGAAUCAAGCAUCUGACCGAGGAACUACAGGCAAAACAGGCACAUAUUAGCCAAAUGCAGCUACAACAGCAACAGCAGCAAACAACCAACAGCGCCAAAACGGGUUACGCCCGCAGUCUAGCGCAGGAACUGGAGCGACCCGUAAAGGGUUCCUAUUCGAAGCUGGGCUAUGAAAUUCAUCCACUCAGCCGGAGAUUCCCUGGCGAUAGCGAUAGUAGUGGAAGUGAGGACAAAAUCAAAUUCCCGGUUUCAAGGCCUGUUUCGGAGCCCAAAGAGGUCAAAAGUUUGGCCGAAACCAUCAUUCUGAAUGCCGAAAGCCGUGGCAUUCGAACGCCAAAGAAAUCCUUCGUCGAAGAGGCUCGUAGCCGUUUCGCCCGUUGGGUGUAAAACGCAGGGUUGCCGCCAACGCAUUGAUCAUUCAUCUGUACAAAUUGACAUUUCGGCCAGCCAGCCAAAUUGGGGAUGCGUCCUUUGCCGGGCUGCGUGCGAGUGUGUGAUUACCACUAACAACAAUCUGAUAGCUGUCGGGGUUUGUUUUUUGUUCUGUCGAUGUGGCUCUUGGAAGAGACCCUAUAUUGUGGGGUGGGAUGUGUACAGAUCGUGAUUAUCUAAAGUGCCUUUGACCCGGUCGGUUUCAACACCGUACGCCAAUAAAGUUUGUUUACUAUUUUGAAAAGCCUUGGGAGACAUGAGAUGGCAGCAGACCCUUUUGAAAAAGUUGAUCGGCGAAUCUUUCGGGAGGUGGAAAGUGAAUCUAGUCGUAUUGAUUAAAUACUUUUGAAUUAUUUUUUUUUUUUGCUAUAUUGUUAUUUUAAGUUUUUGCAAUCUCAUUGUACAGUUAAUCACUUAUUUAAUGCGAAACCAUUAAGAACGCACAAACCAUAAAGCAGGACGAACUUUCGGGGCCCAUUUGGGAUUCUCGUGAGAAUCAACCAAUAGUCGUGGUGAAUAACAUAAUUUCUUUUUGGAAAUUGUUGACUUCAUUCAGUUCGGUUUGCUGAGCAUUGAAGGCGUUUCGAGACUUCUCGCUGUGCUACUUGUUUAUGUAGUUUAGAGUUUGCAUUGGACUGCCAAAAUCUGUACAGUUAUUGGUUUUCAUUAUUAUUUCCCUAUUAGCGAAUAAUUAUGUUAAGCUUGCACGAGUCCAUAUUGCGCACAUUUUUUUGUAUAGAUUGUUAGAGGUAGAUAUUUUUUUCUUGGAAGUUGAGUUUAUUUUGUAGUACAAUUUACUUUAGCGUUCUUUUUUACCGAUCAGUUAAUUAUAAUUAUUAUCAAUAUCAUUUGACUCGUUCAGUUCAUCAGCAGUUUUAUCUUAAAAGUUUUUCACUGUUCCAAAAACGUUAAAUUUCGAACGAAAAUAGUUUAGCAUUAUAAUGCUGCAUAGCCAAGCGCAAAUUGACUAAACCUUUACGAAAUCAGAAUUUUGGAGCAGCAUGAGUGCUAACAAAAAAUGUGAGCUUCCACAUUUGCAUUACACUUCAGUAGAGAAAGCAUGAAGAAAAUA